AUGCUCCUUUAUGUUGAGGCAAAAAUAGUCCUCCUUCGACUGCAUUUGCAGUCCAUUUUGCUACAAAUCACUGGAUGUGCGGAGAUUGAACGCAUCGUCCACGUUCGUCCACCAGGUCGGACUUCUCCCAUGGUGAUCUGGAGACAGGCGGGUGAAGAGAUCCACACCUUUCUGUUUCGCCUGCUGGGAGCUCCAUCCUCACUCGCAGCCCCUCCACCCUGGGCAUUGAGAGAUGCCCCCAGUGCUGGGGCUUGGAAAGGAAGUCUAACGAGCAGAGCCGUGCCAGUGGCAAAAACCGAGGUCAGUGUAGUGCAGGAGCCGAGAACAGCUCUGUCUCCAUUGUCGACUAGGUCGCCUAUCCGAACGGCUCGCAAAAUGUCGCCAAAGAGCGUCACGAUGUCGCAGGAGGCCCUACGACAAGCACCGCUUCCGGUUCCAGCUUCUGCACUAUCCAUGACAUUGCCGGGUGAUGGUCGAGAGGCACAGGUGGCUCAUGUCCGUGAAUCUUUGCUCAAGCACAUACACAGUGUCCAGCAAGAGAUAGCACGUCUGCAGGAUGAACGGCAAAAGAUGCCAUCCGCAUCCAAGGUGCCGCCAGAGAUGACACAAGAGGAAGCUGCAUGCAGGUUGCAGCACUGGUGGAGAUCACGAAGAAGAGCAAAGAAAGAAGGACCUUCCCAACGAACCAGGCUACGUCCCCGUCACUUUGCGGCAGCCAGAAUUCAAAGAUGGUUCCGCCUGUACAGAUGGAGGAGAAGGUUCGUUGACAUUUCUGUCCGUCAGAUCGGAUGGUUGGGCUCGCUGGCUUGGCUGCAGGAGCAAAACUUGCUGUAUGGCACUGAGUUGGCCGACAAAGAGGACGUCAGGUGGUGGUCGGAGCAGCGCGCUGCUGCUCCUUUGGACCGUGAGGUUGACCCCUGGGGAGCCUUGAAGUUGCGGGAGCACCUGGACAAAAUGUGGUAUGGUCACACCAACGAGAACAGUGCAAAGGAAGAAGAACUUCUGUUGCUGCAUCAUCAUCAGAAGCUGAUCUAUCAGGAGCAGCAGAAGCAGAAGAAGAAACUCCCGCAGCCGCCACGUCCUCCGGCUCGGCCUCCGCAUCGGCCGCAGCCGAAGCCACAACUGCUGAAGAAGCAGCCGACGUGGCAUGUGGCUUCUGCGCAGAGCCUUCAUGCACCUGCUGGAGUGCCAGUGCCAGUAGAGCUGUUGUCCAAAUCCCGAGCUGGAGUUGAGUGCCCUCCUGCGGUGAAGAUCACGCAGAGGGGGUUGUCGGGAACCUUGCCAAAGAACUGCAAAUCAUCGUCUCUUUCCCCAAGAUACGAGCUGAAAGUUGGCAAGCAAUCUCCUCAAAGUGUUCGGAAUUAUCCACCGAGAGUCCCAACCACACUGGGAGCCAGUGCGGCUUUGCCUGCUACAAGGCCAAAGUCCCCUCUGACACGACCAGGGGCCAGUUGGGCACCAACCAUGAUACAAAGUGCAAGCCGAACCUCAAUCCUGGCAGGUGCUGUUACAGCAGAUGCCAAGCCGAAGGCAACUUUUAUGCCUGUUUCCCGUAGUGCAGCAGCGAUUGCCGUGGACCCCAGUAGCUUGGAGUCAUCGCAUGACCGAAAGGUCCUCAAGGCGUACAAAGUCUUUGAGGAUCCGAGGAUCACUGUUAUUCCCAACUUCUUGAGUGACAGCGAGAUGCAACACCUGCUGGACUUGGCAGCGGCGUACUGGGUACCUUCCACUGUUGGUUCUGGUGUCUACAAGACUAAUGAUGAAUCGAAGGACUUGCAGAACAAACAGUCCAAGACGCGCACCUCCUACUCUUGCAUGUUAAGGCAGGGAAAGAUCAUCAAAGAAGAUGAAGUCUGGCCAGACCGAGACGGUCCAAAUGAUCGAGCAAAAGUGGUGGACCAAGUGACGGUGAUCGUUGAUCUUGGUGACAGGCUGGCCCGCCUGGCAGGGCUGGAGGUGAAAUAUUUGGAAAGACUCAAUAUGGUUCGGUACGCACCAGGACAGCUCUUCAACAGGCACCACGAUGGACGCUUCAGACCCAAGACAGGCACCUGCCGGCAUGUGUUUGAGCUCGUGAAAGCGCUUCGCAUGGACUUUGAUUUUAGAAGAAUUGUCUGA